CGUGUGGUAGCAGGUUUGGAUUUACAAGGUUUAGAAAACAAAAUAAGAUGAUGCGUUGGGAUUUGCGAUAGUUUUGCGGUUAAACCAGGGUGUAACGUGAAUCUCUACCGCCUGAACAAUGCAACAGAGAAUCGAUAGUUGGAUCACUCUCGUCGUUUGCUUGCUAUGCACCGGCUGUUUAGCCAAAGACACGUAUACAGUCACGCGAUGGGCAGAGACCUUGGGCGCCGAAUUAUGGGAACUUGCAGAGAAGGUGGCGAGAUCUGAAGAACUAUUAAACAAAUACAAAACGAUGAACACGCGAGUGGCAGAUAAGUCCGGGAUGGAACUGGUGAACAUAAUCAGCGAGAACGUCGGCAGGAUGCUCCGGAGGAAGAUGGAUGCAGUGACCUGCAUCCGGAUGACGGCUGAGGAAUACGCAGAAAAUUGGGAGGAUGACGAAGGUGCAAAUUUCACCUAUGUUUCCGGCAAGUACAGCCCGGUGGUGAAUGACACGCCACCAGAGAUCCCGGAAAACAUGCAGAAGAACAUCAGUGCUUACAGGCAAAUAGAACUAACAUCCGACUCACAUUUCUACAAUAUACCAGUAAAUACAAGUUUUUCAUCGAUACAUAUACCAACAAAUGUAUACGACAUGUCACCAGCGGUGGUCGAGGACAUUAAAAAGACUGAAGCCCUCGACAAUAUCUUCCGACAAAACUAUGAGUCAGAUCCGGCACUGUCCUGGCAAUAUUUCGGGUCUGUCACGGGAAUGUUGAGACAAUAUCCUGCCAUGCAGUGGAGGACAGAUUUUGCACAAAACACGGAGAACAGAGGGGAAGAUGGAGGAGGUGGAGAUGGGACUGACAUUUAUGAUUGCAGAGUACGCAGCUGGUUCAUUGAGGCAGCGACUUGUAGCAAGGACAUGGUAAUCCUAAUGGAUACCAGUGGCAGCAUGGCCGGCAUGGGAAAGACUAUUGCAAGAACCACAGUGAACGUAAUAUUGGAUACGCUUUCGAAUAACGAUUUUGUGACUGUACUGAGCUAUACAAACGAGACCUACGAUGUAGUGUCUUGCUUUAAGGAUAUGCUAAUCCAAGCUACCCCAGAAAAUAUAGAUACUUUCAAGAAAGCUAUAAUAAAUGUCAAAACAGAGGGACUUGCUAAUUUGACAGAAGCGUUCUCCAGAGCCUUCAGCCUUCUGAACACCUAUAGGGAAACACGCGGAUGUGGUGCUGACACACCGUGCAAUCAGCUAAUUAUGCUGGUCACGGAUGGCGUUCCUGGAAAUCUGACAGAAGUAUUCAAAAUCUGGAAUUGGCGAGAUAAUGAUACUCGUAUCCCUGUCCGAGUAUUCACGUAUCUUUUGGGCAAAGAAGUCACCAAAGUUCGGGAAAUUCAAUGGAUGGCUUGUUUAAAUCGCGGUUACUACACGCAUGUUCACACAUUAGAGGAAGUUCGGGAACAGGUGUUGAAAUAUAUACCUGUGGUAGCACGACCUAUGGUACUGCAAGAAGUUAUACACCCUGUUGUUUGGACUCAUGCUUAUGCAGAUAUUACGAAUCCAGCACUUGCCACGUGGCUGUGGCUGGUGAUGCAGCAUGAGGAACAACAAUCACGACUUCAGAAAUAUCUAAAAGGAAAACGUCUGGGCGUGCGAAUAAAUGAGGACGAUAUCUACAUACAGCAGAUCCACAAGGAUGAGGACGUUCGGCAGGAUGCAUCUCUAUUGAACACGACAGCUCGGCAGGAAUACAAACUCCUUAUCUCUGUCAGCACACCAGUAUUCGACCGUAAAGGGAAUCGCAACAAUGAAACAAGAAUGGCGAAUUUACUAGGUGUGGCCGGCACGGAUGUACCAAUUGAUGACAUCCGAGAACUCACAUUGCCAUACAAGUUAGGUGUGAAUGGAUACGCCUUUAUCGUGUCAAAUAACGGAUACGUGAUAUUGCACCCAGAUUUGAGGCCCGUUUUCAAAGGAAAUUUGAAGCUCAAUUAUAACAGUAUCGACCUCACAGAAGUGGAAAUCUUGGAUGAUGGUCGAGGUCCUAGGAAUCCUGGGCCAGAGGUGUUGAAACUCCGGGCCGCGCUGGUGGACCAUAAAAGAGGUAGUUUGAAAGGGAUACCCGUGAAAUUGCAUUACGACGACAACCGUCGGGUGACUCUUGAAAGACGUGACUACUUCUACGCGCCUCUCCCCGGAACACCUUUCGGUCUUGCGGUCGCUAUACCGAACUAUGGCACACGUUGGAUCAAGGUUGGAGACGAAAUCCGAAGGAACCAAAACAUGAACGUAAAUAUCUCCGAGUUUUUCAUGGGUGACAACUGGCGAGUGCAUCCUAGUUGGGUAUACUGUCGUUAUCACUAUUUAGAAGGUCAUAAAUUCGAUAAUCCUGAGGACGAGCUGAAACACUUUUUGCGCUUGUUAAAUGACCCUAGCUGGCGUUGGGCAGAGCAGUAUGAGGCUUACUCCAUUAAUGAAGAUGAAACUGACUAUGUUCCUAACUGUGGUAGACAGACUUUAACACAUGAUGAUUACUAUUGUAACAAAGAACUAAUGCAGCUGUUAGUUUUUGAUGCCAAAGCAACAAACGCCAGCUUCAACAAUGAUUUCAUCUUAGAGGAUUCGCGAGCGAAACAUUUAGCAGAAGAUUAUGGAAUUUUUUUAAGAUUCGUUGCCACUCAAAGUGGUUUGACUAGAUGGCAUCAUUUAGAUUUAAACAACAUAAUCGAAAAUGAUGAUGACAUUGCUUUCGGCGAUCUUCAUAGAAGAGCUGUAAAUGAACCUUGGUAUAAAGGUGCCAUUUUUCAGAAUAACUUGGACCCUAACAGCAUAUCUCUGUCAGUUCCCUGGGAAGCGGGGGCGGAUGCAAUAGUUACAGUUUCAAUUGGAAUAUUUCCAAAAGACGGCGGCAAAACGGCACCAGCUGCGGUGAUUGGCUUUCAAAUGCCAAUAACAGGCCUUUAUAAGAGAUUCAUUAAACUGACUUCUAGACCAAGCAACUCAACCUUGAUGAACUGUGGCCACAAUUGGAUAGACUGUUACUUACUUGAUCAAAACGGUUACGUGGUGAUAUCGGAUGCGCAUAAUGACACCGGCCAAUUCAUGGGUACACAGGAAGGUGCAGUGAUGAACUCCAUGGUCGGCCAGGGUCUUUAUAAUCCCGUUGACAUUUACGAUUAUCAAGCCUGGUGCGAAGAAGUUCGCAUCAGUGAUGCGGCCAGUACUCUGAUGGACCCGCUGAUGUAUGUCUGGAAACUGUUGCUCUGGUUUCUACUGCGUGUGACGUGGUUCACGACCCAGUUCGUGAACUUGCCAGUCAGCUUCGCCAAAGUUCACUUCGACGAAGAUACCCCGGACCCACCGCUUCCGCCCCAACCUUAUCUCUAUCAUUAUCCUUGCGACCAGAAAAGGAUACUUUAUAUGAUAAACAACACAAUCGCUAGCCAGGGUAUUACAAAUCACUCGGAUUAUUGCUCAAGGCCAUUCUAUGCCCGCAGGGUGCCGCACACGAAUUUAUUAUUGGUAGUUGUCGAUGCCAUGUACUCGACCUGCUACAAGAGAUUAGAGGUAACACCUGUGAGCAUUUCGCCGCUCGAGUACACGAAUGGCUCGGAAACCGCGCCUUGUCAUAAAAUUCCACUAAACGACCUUAAAAGAAGGCGUCUAGAGGGUUGUUUCACCGAGCACCCCUUGGAGCAUGAGAUUGAGGACUGUGGAGGGGCAUCAGAACUGACUGUAUCUCUAUUAUUGUUCUCCACUAUUAUAGCUAGAAUUUUAUGUGCAUUUAUAUAAUUAUUUAAAAAAAGAUAAUUAUGUAUUUAAUUAAUGAGAUUGACUUCCCUGUGGACGACGCGAACUAUGCUAUAUGGAUGGUGUAAUGAUAAUGUUGAUAUUCCUUUUGUUAAA